AUGGGCCAGGUCGAGCAAAACGUUGCUAAUCGAUAUCUCAAGAAGGCUAGCCUGCAGAGGCUUCUUGAAAGGCUCUUCCCAGGGCAGACUGAGUUCAAUAUUGAACUGAACCGUAGCCUGCAGAUGAGGGAUGACGUGUGGCACUUCAAGGCACCAAAGGAGGUCGACAGCGCUGAGAUUGAGUAA